CAGUGAAACUGAGAUGUCUCUAUCCACGUUUGUGAUUCAUCGCUUCCCCUUCAAGCCACCCAACCCACACUACUAAACUCACUCUCCUUCCCAUAAACCCAUUCUCCCAUCUCGCUUUCACUUCCUUUCACGCAUCAAACAAACAAACCCUCUUUCUUCUCUCUUCACUCUUCGCUCUUCGUUUCUAAAUCUGCUUCCACCAAUACUCCAACACCCUUUUUGCAAAUAUCAACUAAUUCCUACCUCGUGCUCCGCAAACUUUUCUUCUUUUGCAAAUGGGUAACUGUCUGCGCACGUCGGAAAAGCUGACGGCGGAGAUCGUUCCCCACGGCGGCGCCACCGUGUACCCCGCCGUGCGCCUCCACGGCUCCCCCAACAGCAUUUUCGCCGCAUACACUCGCUUCGCGGUCCUUCACAACGCCGUUCCCCCGGACCCUGUCCUCGCCGCCGCACCACCACCGCAGGCCCCACCACGCUCGGCGCCGCGUGGCGGAAGAUCUGAGGCGGCGGUUCCCGUGGUUUUCCACGUGGGACACGACGUCGCGUCGGGGUCCCGCGACGCGCUGCUCCGGUUUAUAGACUUGAAAUUCCCCGACCUGGCGGAGGAGGAGACGGCGCCACCUCCUCCGGCGGAGAGCGGCGGAGGGAAGGAGGAAACGUCGUUGGUUGUGAGGGUGACGCGGCUGCAGCAUAAGAGCAUGACUUGGCACUUGGAGAGGAUGGUGGGGUGGGCGGAGGAUCUAGCGACACGUGGCGGAACGAGGGCCGUUGAUCCAAAGGUGGGGACUUGGAAGAUGGAGGUUGUGAAAUUUGGGAGAAGUUACUCUCAGUUGUUGGAGGUGAUGUUGGAACAUGCACAAAUGGAAGAGAGAGUUCUAUUUCCUAUCUUUGAUAGUGCUGAUCGAGGGCUAUCUAAAGCUGCAAAGGAGGAACAUGCUAGGGACCUACCAAUCAUGAAUGGCAUCAAAGAAAUUAUUAAAUCCGUUGAGGUUUUAGACUCACGCAGCCUCAAUUACAAAGAGACUUUGUACAACCUUUCUAAUAGGCUCAAAUCAUUACAGGGACUUUGCAAGCAACACUUCAUGGAAGAGGAUUCAGAAUUACUUCCAAUAAUGGAAGCAGUGGGGUUGAGCAAAGAGGAGGAGGAGGAUGCAUUAGAGCAUUGUUUUGUUGUGAUGCAAGGAACACAUGGCCGGUUGUUAAAGUUCCUUCUUGAGGGGCUCCCACCUAAUGAUUCUAUGAAGUACUUGGACUUGAUCAGCAUGUGCAGGGACAAAGAGAGGAUGGAAUCCAUGCUUAGGGUGGUAGUGGAGUGAGUGGCAUAUCUUCUAUCGUGGGUCCUAUGUCAUGUGGCACACACAAUGAUGGAUUAUGAAGCAUAAAUUGUGAAUAGAAAUCCAAAUUUUCUAGAUUGGGAACUCUUUUUUUGUCAGUUUUCUAUGUGAAACACCCAGCACAUGAGUAGGCUUUCAUUCUUUCAACUCUUUUCAUCUCAAGCCUAUCAGGGACCAUUUGGUCAAUGGAACAGAAAGCAGGGAAAGCUCUUGAAAAAGCAUUACAUUUUCUGAUUUUAUGUUUUGCCUUGCUGGUUUGAACAAGUUUGUUAGGAAUAUGCACUUAAAGAAUAUGCAACCUUGUAUUUGUACUUGAAUUUAUUCAUAAUGAUAAGACUUUAGUGUUUUGAUUAGUAGGA